CAACCUCUCGUCUUCUAAACAACCAUAAGGCAUCUAAACAGUUCCAGGCUCCGGCUGUGAGUUAGUUUAUCUGUACCUCCCUGAACUCUCCGAUUAGCCGGCCAGGCAGCUGUCGUCAUCAGCAGCAGCCCCGAUUUUUUCCCCUUUUCUAAAUGGAUGGGGGCUGUCCUGCUUCGUGCACAGUUCAACGGAAGCCCAAAAGAUUGGAACAACUUGUGAAUUCACCCGUCAGUUUGGUUGACGUUUGCGGCAACGUUUAGAAGAAUGCUCGACGGACGGCGGCUUCGCUGAAGAAGUUAAAGAUUGAGAAGUGUUUUUCUUUCUCAUAAAACUGUGCGGCGUUCAGGACUGUAGCAGGGAGAGGAGGGAGAGGGAACAGCGGUUGCCUACCACAACGUUUACAAUAGAAAGGAAACUUCAACUCCCGUUAGAGUGGACUGAAGUGAAGUGGCAGCUCGUAAUUCCACGAUGGCUUUCGCUGUGGAUUGUAUAUAUUUAUUGAUGUACUGUUCUCUCGGCUUGAUAUUUUUAGAUCACAAACAUACUGUGAAAUCACAUGAACAUCUCUCUGGAAAGUUAAGUGAAUAUGGUCUUAUCGUGCCAUUCAGCACAGACUCCCACGGCCGCUAUAUCUCCCACGUGGUCUCAGCCUCAGGAGCCUCAGCCUCAGCUGCAACGGGAGAUACUGAAAGUGAAGGUGCUGAUGCAGGUGGUGCUGCUGGUGUUCCCUCGCCCCCUGGCCCGGGUAAGAGACGUGUGGUCCGUAGCGCCCCCGAGACUCCCUCUGUCACCUCUGGCGCAGGCCAACACCUGUUUUUCAACGUCACUGUGUUUGGGAAAGAGUUGCACCUUCGCCUCAAAGCAAACAGGAGGCUGGUGGCUCCGGGGGCAUUUGUGGAAUGGCAGGAGGACUUCGAGGAAAAGGCUAAGGAGCGUAUCCAUGGGGACUGUGUUUUCACUGGAGACGUAUCCGACAUGCCAGAGGCUACUGUUGCCAUGAGCAACUGUGAUGGACUGGCAGGCCUGAUCCGGACUGAUAACGGGGAGUUUUUCAUCGAGCCCUUAGAGAAGGGCCAGCAGGAUGUGGAGGUGAAAGGUCGUGUCCAUGUGGUCUACAGGAGAUCUGCCAUAAAAAGGGAACCAGUACAAAGAAGGAAGGACCUCCACAAUGAAGUGGCAGACUUUGGGAUUGCGAACCUCCCCAGAGCUCUGGACCUCUUGGAGCACAAGCUGACAGAGUCGGAGCGCAAACGGCGGCACGCCAAGAAGGACGACUACAACAUCGAGGUGCUGCUGGCCGUGGACGACUCUGUGGUGCGCUUCCAUGGCAAGGAGCACGUGCAGAACUAUGUCCUCACACUCAUCAACAUAGGUUCUCUCAAGUAUGAGUAUGUCUAG